CGUUUGAGACGUCGGAAGGGGAGGUGCACGAUGAGCGACAAACAUUUAGCUGCUGGGUCGACAUGCCCCCCCCUGCACCCCGGGGUAUUGAGGUGCUAUAGCAUGCGGUAUUGCCCCUUCGCCCAGCGCACUCGGUUGGUCCUCGACGUCAAGGGGGUCAACUUCGAAAUCGUCAACAUCAAUUUGCAGAACAAACCCGACUGGUUCUUGGCCAAAAAUCCUUUAGGGAAAGUGCCAGCGCUGGAGAUAGACGGAGAAACAAUAUUCGAAUCUGACAUUUUGUGCGAUUAUCUGGACGAGUUGUACCCUGAGCCCGCGCUUUACCCUAAGGAUCCCUGGAAGAAGGCUAAUGACCGCGUCUAUGUAGAGCUUUUAAAGGGAGACAAGCAGGUGAUAGCAAAGGCAUUUGAAGAAUUCCUGUCUGGUCUGGAUAUCUUCGAGACCGAACUGGCCAGGCGAGGGACCACUUACUUCGGGGGGAGAGAAACCAGGGCGGAGUCCUGGUCGGCUCUGACUGGUGCUCAGCGGUGA